AUGCACUCUCAACUGUUUGUGUGCGUUUUGGCGAUUUUCACGGACUUUCUAGUAGCCGAGCCGCUGCCCGCCGAACUCGAACUCAUUUUUGUGCAUACGGUAGGUGUACGGUAACCGCCCACGCUCAAUUUUUUGUCGAUUUGAAGGUCUGGCGACACGGAGAUCGCAGUCAAGAGGGUCAUUUGAACAAUGAUCCGGUUGAUCCGUCGAAAUGGAUCAAAGGCGGCGGCGGUUACGGUCAGCUGACACCGGUAAUGUCAAACUUUUCUGCAUUUUGUCGUAAGAUUCGGUGUAUUGACACUCAAAUCCACGCGAAACUUCAGAAUUUUUAGGAAGGAAUGGAACAACAUUUCAUAUUGGGCAAAAAAUUGCGAGAUCGUUAUAUCGCAACCGGAUUUUUACACAGUUUCUAUGAUUCUCAACAGGUUUUUCUGAGCAAAUUUUAGCACACAAUAUCAAUGCGAAUAACCUAGAUUUAUAUCCGAUCGACCGACGUGAAUCGUACGAUAAACUCGGCAAUCUCGAACAUGUUGGGCAUGUACUCGACGCCAGCACGACCAGGUUAGUCGUUCUUCUUAUCUAGAUAUUGCCGUACGGCUGCGAAACGUGCCGCCAUAGCUCAGUCGGUUAGAGCGUGGGUCUAAUAAGCCCAAGGUCGCAGGUUCGACCCCUGCUGGCGGCAAACUUUUUUUUGUGUGUGUUUAGGCAUCGACUUCCCGGACAUUGACGGCUGGCCACGUGGCUUCAUGCCAGUGCCCGUUCACAGUUUGGGCUCGCCGGGCGACGAUUGUGUGGCCAGCGCGUUUUGCUCGUGCAAACGGCGUGAUGCGCUUUUAGCGAUUGCUCACACAGGCGAGCAGUUUCAGAAAUACGUGACGUCUGAAAAUGUACGUACUUUCUUGCUGAAAUUUAAAAUAUUGACUUUUAGUAUCUAAAUACGACCGCCCAUAUUUCCGAAAUAUUCAACUCGACUUUCACCUACAAUAACUUGUGGAAAGCCCACGACGCAGUCAUGAUUCAGGUAGUUUUUUUGAAAUCCCAAAACUGUAAUGUCAAUUUUUUUCUCUAGCUAAUCCAUUUCCCGGAAAUCGUGCAAAACCAAUCGUGGUACUCUCCCGAAUUCUACGAUAAUCUUGAAACACUCGAAAGAACGGCGAAAGCGUUCGUUUCCGGACUGUACGAUCCGCCCGUCGUCAACGGAAUCGAUGUACGCAAGGAGAUUCUGAAGACACGUGGCGGCUCGCUCAUCAACGAAAUCGCGGCGAGAAUGAGGACGAAGGCUUUGUGCGCGAAAAACACGGCAAAAUGCGACGAAUACCAUCGGGAUCUGAAGUAUUAUGCCUAUUCGACGGUACUCGGGAGCCAAGAAGUUCCAGAGAAAUUCUCAAUUUUCAGCAUGAUCACACAGUAUUCGCUCUUCUGUCAGUUCUUGGAUUAGAAGAUGUUGUGGGCGGGCCAGAGAGGCACGGAGAAUGGCCGGAUUACUCUUCGGAUAUCCUUGUCGAACUGUUUCAUAACAAAACCGAUGCAAGGCCGUACUUCAGAGUGAGUUUCCCGCGAAAUUUGUAUCCUCGAUCCAGAAAUUUCAGGUUCUUUACUUGAGAAACAUCAAUUCAACAUUUGAAGUUGUUACACCGAAGAUAAAAGGCUGCAAUGAAAUGGAAUUUUGUGAUGCAAAAGUGUUCGACAAUUGUGCAAAAGAAUUCAGGCCAGACCGCCCAAUGGAGGAAUUUUGUCAAAUGGCCCCAGUUCACGAGAAUACUGUAA